GACGCUCAGCACCGGCUGCUGAACCCCGGGUUUCUCUGCGGGACUUAGAGGACCCGGCUCUUCCCCGAGGCGUCCCGAAGCUUUGUGUAAAGAAGCUGGGGAAGCCUGACGCUUUUAUUUUUAAUAAAAGUUUUUGCUGUUUUGACAGAGUACAAAUUAAAAGCAAUUGAAUAUGUGCACGGAUAUUUUUCUAGUGAACAGGUGGUUGAUUUACUGAGAUAUUUCUCCUGGGCUGAGCCUCAGUUGAAGGCCAUGAAAGCAUUACAGCAUAAAAUGGUGGCUGUUCACCCAGCAGAAGUGGUCAAUAUACUCAACUGUUUCACCUUCAGUAAAGACAAACUAGUUGCUCUUGAACUAUUGGCUUCGAACAUUGUUGAUGCACAGAAUUCUCGUCCCAUUGAAGAUUUAUUCAGGAUCAAUAUGUCUGAGAAGAAACGGUGCAAGAGAGUACUUGAACAGGCUUUCAAGGGGGGCUGCAAAGCUCCUCAUGCCAUGAUCUCAUCUUGUGGAACAAUCCCAGGAAAUCCAUAUCCCAAAGGAAGACCUAGUCGCAUAAAUGGAAUUUUCCCAGGGACUCCUUUGAAAAAAGAUGGUGAAGACUGUACCAAUGAAGGCAAAGGAAUAGCUGCACGGAUUCUUGGACCCUCCAAACCGCCUCCUUCAACAUACAAUCCACAUAAACCUGUUCCCUAUCCAAUACCUCCAUGCCGGCCACACGCAACCAUUGCACCAAGUGCUUAUAACAAUGCAGGUCUGGUACCAUUAGCCAGUGUCAUAGCUCCAGGUGUACCCCCUCCACCUCCAUAUACUCCUAAUCCAGUAGGAACAGAAAAUGAAGACCUUUCCAAUCAGUCAAAACCCACACAGAAUCAAACAUUUUCUACCCCAGCAAGUCAACUCUUUUCUCCUCACGGUUCUAAUCCUUCAACACCUGCUGCAGCUCCCGUCCCCACUGCAUCCCCGGUCAAGGCAGUAUAUCAUCCAGCAGCAUCAGCCACUGCCACCAUUUCUGGGAUGAAUGUGCCAAAUACUGUCCUUCCUGUGUUCCCAGGGCAGGUCUCCGCAGCCAUUCACACACCUCAGCCAUCAACGCCAAAUCCAACGGUUAUCAGAACCCCGUCACUGUCUGCUGCACCUGUUACUUCUGUCCACAGUACAACGUCUGCUCCUGUUCCUUCAGUUUUUUCUGGCCUAGUUCCACUGCCAGGUCCUUCUGCCGCUCCUGCCCCAGCGCCUCAGGCCACAUCUACACCUCGGGCCACCCCUGCUUCCCAUGAAACAUUCGCUUCUACUUCUGCCCCUUUCACUGGCCUCCCCUUUUCUGCCACCUCUACUGCUCCUUCUACCAACAACCCAAAUUCUGCUUCAUUGUCAUCAGUUUUUGCAGGUCUCCCUUUGCCCUUAACACCAACAUCCCAAGGUGUGUCCAACCCAACUCCUUCUGUAAUUGCCGGUGUUUCUGCUCCCAGUGUUGCCUGUCCGCUUGGUGUAAAUAGUCCUCUUCUAUCUGCUUUAAAAGGCUUUCUGACAUCAAAUGAUACCAAUCUAAUCAACCCUUCUGCUUUACCUUCUGCUGUCACAAAUGGUCUGGCUUCUCUGUCUUCUCUUACUAAUCAGAGCUCUGAUUCUCCUGCUUUAGCCGCUAACAAGUGCUAUGCCCCGUCAGCCAUUCCUGCCCCACAGAGGUCUUCCACUCCAGGAUUGGCCAUGUUCCCAGGCCUGCCCUCUCCUGUGGCUAACUCAACCUCCACUCCCCCUACUUUGCCUGUACAGUCUCCUUUAGCGACUUCUACAUCAUCUUCGACUUCAGUGCCAGUUAGCUGUGGUUCCUCAGCUACCCUUUUGCAUGGCUCCCACCCAAGUAACUCAGACCUGCACAUUUCAUCAACCCCUGCUGUAACAACUCUGUCUGUCAUGAUCAAAACUGAGCCCACGAGUCCUACUCCCUCGGCCUUCAAAGGCCCAUCUCAUUCCGUGAAUCCCUCUCAUGGCACUUUAGGUUUAUCAGGGACGUUGGGUCGUGCAUAUACUUCAGCAUCAGUGCCCAUCAGUUUAUCUACUUGCCUUAAUCCUGCAUUAUCAGGGCUCUCCAGUUUGAGUACUCCCUUGAAUGUUUCAAAUCCCCUCUCCUCUAUAUCCCUUCCUCCACAUGGUUCCUCCACCCCCAUCACUCCAGUGUUCACUGCUCUGCCUCCUUUCACCUCUUUGACCAAUAAUUUCCCUUUAACUGGCAACCCGUCUCUUAAUCCAUCAGUAUCUCUUCCAGGAUCGUUAAUAGCCACCUCAUCUGCGGCUGUCACGUCCACCUCUGUCCCUCACCCUAGUUCUACAGCGGCCGUUCUCUCAGGGCUUUCUGCCUCCGUGCCAGUCUCGGCAGCACCUUUCCCCCUCAGCCUGUCCACCGCUGUCCCCUCACUUUUUUCAGUCACUCAAGGACCUCUGCCGUCUUCAAAUCCCCCCUUCCCUGGCUUCUCUGUCGCUAACACCCCCAGCGUCACCCCUGCUCUCCCUUCGUUCCCGGGGCUGCAGGCACCCUCUACAGUUGCCGCGGUCACGCCACUUCCUGUUGCUGCCACAGCCCCAUCACCAGCUCCCGUCCUCCCAGGAUUUGCUUCAGCAUUUAGUUCCAACUUCAACUCUGCCCUUGUUGCACAAGCCGGCUUAUCCUCUGGACUUCAAGCUGCAGGCAGUUCUGUUUUUCCAGGCCUUUUGUCCCUCCCAGGUAUCCCUGGGUUUUCCCAGAAUCCCUCACAGUCAUCCUUGCAAGAAUUACAGCAUAAUGCAGCUGCACAGUCAGCAUUGUUACAGCAGGUUCACUCAGCUUCAGCUCUGGACAGCUAUCCAGCUCAGCCUGAUGGGUUUCCUAGUUAUCCUUCAACGCCAGGAACACCAUUUUCUUUGCAACCAGGCCUGUCCCAAAGUGGGUGGCAGUGAAUAUAUUUUAAUUUGUAUUCUCUUUUGGAGCAGCAUCACAAUUACCUAAGGACUGCACUGAACAAUGUGACAAAUGUGAAGGUGACCAGAAGUCAGAAAAUCAGGAUAAUCCUCGGGAAAUUGGGAGAAAAGUUUAAAAACCACGGUUGCAUUUUUUUUAAUGGUUUUAAGUCUGAACACUCCCCUUUGUAAAUAUACUGACAGCAAAUUGUAUGGGAAAUAGUAUUAAAAAACUGUUUGGGGACUUUUCACCUCCCACCUGAUGAAAUUUUGAGUGUACGUGAUCUAUGUAGGAAGAAUACUAAAGAGGAGGUUGAACUCUUUAUAGCCGAAUACAGCCUUAAAUCUGCUCGUAUAGCAUCCACUGACAGAAGUAAUAGUUGUGCCUCAGACUUACGGGUUGCCUGUGGCCCUUGGUGUGCAUGAGUGAUUCCUGUUAGCAUCAUUGGAACUCUGUACUCCACAUGUAUCCACAAAAGGGAACUGGAGACCCACAGUUACUUUUCAUUUCUGACAUUAAUGAUCAUAUAUAUACUGCUGAAUUUAACUCAAUAUAUUUCAGGUAAGUGAAAAUGGUGCUUAUUAUAGUCUUUAGAAUGACUUUCAGGUGUUUUUGACUAAAAAUAUGUAUCCAGAACUACUGUCUUACAGAAAUACAAGUAAGGCUUGUGAUAAUUUGCCUUCAAAACUUUUUUCUUAAGCUCAGCAGUAUCCAAAUGAGUGAGGAACAUUUGACUGACUCUUGGGCCACCUCUAUUGCUCAUUCUGCUCUGGAAGCUCCUGGUGAAUGUUUACAAUUAUGGGAUGUAGUAUUUCUGUUUGUACUUAAAGUCAAAUGCUCAUCAAAAAUAAUUGUGUGACAACAGAUAGAGAAGACUUGCUCUGUUGGUAGAUAUGCAGUGUGUACUCUAUUUAAGCAUCUGUGGUAGUUUAACAUGAUUGAAUGUCAUUAAUUUAAGUGUAAUAACUGCCACGUUGAGGGGAAUGGGGGAGUAGGGAGAGUUAUUUCCAAUCCUGUGAUUAAAAGUGUAAACUAGAAUCUACUGUAGUACAUUUCAGCAUCGAGAAGUUUUACUUUUAUAAAGAUGGUGUCUGGAAGAUGUUGCUAAUGUAUUUUCCUUCAACAUGGGGAACAAACUUUUUAAGUAUAUUCAUAAAUAUUCCUGUAUGGUUAGUUUUUAACAAUUUUUUAAAAUAAACUUUAUGGAUAUGACAAAUAUUUUAUAAGUGUUUUAUUAAAUACUUGGAUAGGCUUUUUAAUUUUUUGUGUGUGCUAGAUAUAAAGAACAUUUUUGUCCAAAUUUAGUUGAAACUCAAUAUAUACUACUGAUCGUUCAUCCUUUAUGUAGUAUUUUAUGUGAAAGUUACAUUAUUACAAACACCUGAAUCGGACUAUUUAUGCCUUUAAUUAUCCUCAAACACAGAAUGUAACCUCAUGCGUAGUCUGAUACCAGUUGCUAGAAGUUGGCAUUUGUUCUUUUUUAAGUCUACACUCAUAAAAGCUUUUGAAGAUUA